CUGCCACCUUAAACAUCGUCCGAACGCCACUUUUACUGUAUGAGACGAAAUAGGGGCGAUAAAUACAUAUAAAACCUUCGACCGUGGCAACACUGGCGCUUUUAUAGAUGAGUCAAAAGACGGCAGCUUUCAAGAAACAUUAGAAAACAAAUCGUGACGAGCAAAACCAGAGAGCAGCAGCCAUAUGGACAAGUUGGCAACAAGCGUCUGUGAGUUCGAACAUAUGGCCCUGCCGCUCAGCUAACGGAAGAGGAGAGGACGCAACGACACGACGCCAGCAGCAGCAGCAGCAUCAUGUUCCUGAAAACAUCAUUCACCACCCUGAUUGUGGGUGUCUUUGUGGUGUACGUGCUCCACACCUGCUGGGUGAUGUACGGGAUCGUGUACACGAAACCCUGCGACAGCCCCAAAGGUGACAACUGUAUCACGCCCUUCCUGGCAGGGAACCCGAAACUACAGUUAAGUAUCUACACUGCAGUGCGCCGCAACGCAGAGGGAGGACAUACCCUGAUCCACAGAGAGGACAAAUUUGAUGUCAACAGCAAGUUCGAGAGAAUAGUAAACGUCUCCCUCCCUAAGAAGACGCGUAACAAUGGAACCUUAUACGCGCUCGUGUUCGUCCAUCAAGCCGGCGUCACCCCGUGGGAGGAUCCGCGACAGGUCCACCUGGUGGCUCAGCUCACCACGUACAUGGUCCCUAAACCACCUGAGAUCUCCCUGAUAUCCGGAGAGGAUCAGACGCAGAGUCAGAAAGAAGAACCACAGCAGAAGAAACGGAGCAGUGGUAACCCCGCCGCAGGGGUUCCCACAGAUCACCCUUCUUCCCACUGGCGCUCCCGCCUGACACUCAACAUUGUCGGCGACCACUUCGUGUUCGACAGGGAAUCCCUCCCCGGUGAUGUCCACAGAUACCUCAGAGUAUUCCAAAAUGGUAAGAAGAUGGUUUAUCUACCUCUGCUGUUUGUUGAUGAGCUCAGCAACCGGGUCAAGGACCUUGUGGAGAUCAACAGUACCUCAAUGGAGCUCCCUCUGACCAUCUCUUACGAUUCCAUCUCUCUGGGGAGGCUACGAUUCUGGAUCCACAUGCAAGAUGCUGUUUACUCUCUGCAGCAGUUUGGUUUCACAGAAAAGGAUGCAGAUGAGAUUAAAGGAAUCUUUGUCGACACCAACCUGUACUUCCUGGCUCUGACCUUCUUCGUGGCUGCCUUCCAUCUCCUUUUUGACUUCCUGGCGUUCAAGAAUGACAUCAGCUUCUGGAAGCAGAAGAAAAGCAUGGUGGGAAUGUCCAGCAAAGCAGUGCUCUGGCGAUGUUUCAGCACCAUAGUGAUUUUCCUCUAUCUGUUCGACGAGCAGACCAGCCUGCUUGUCCUCAUACCUGCUGCCAUCGGCUCCAUGAUUGAAGUGUGGAAAGUGAAGAAGGCCUUCAAGAUUCAGGUGUUCUGGAGAGGAGGCAAACCAGAAUUCCAGUUUGGGAAACUGGAUGAAUCAGAGAGGAGAACAGAAGAGUACGACACACUGGCCAUGAAGUAUCUCUCAUACCUCCUUUACCCCUUGUGUAUCGGAGGGGCUGUGUACGCGCUAAUAUUCCUCCGAUAUAAGAGCUGGUACUCAUGGUUGAUCAACAGUUUGGUCAACGGUGUGUACGCGUUUGGCUUCCUCUUCAUGCUUCCUCAACUGUUUGUCAACUAUAAGCUGAAAUCUGUGGCCCACCUCCCCUGGAAAGCCUUCAUGUACAAGGCGUUCAAUACCUUUAUCGACGAUGUGUUCGCCUUCAUCAUCACCAUGCCAACGUCCCACAGACUGGCAUGUUUCAGAGACGAUGUGGUGUUUCUCGUUUACCUCUACCAGAGAUGGCUCUACCCAGUGGACAAAACAAGAGUAAAUGAAUAUGGAGUUUCUUACGACGAAAAACCCAAAGGAAAGACUCACAAGGACUAAAAGAGGAAAAGACGGGUUAUUGGCUUCCAUGGUCUGGUAUCUGCGGUGUUUUGUCUUUGGUCCAGUGGUAUGAGCUGAGCUGGUUUAACAGUCCAGCGACACCUGGACAAAGAUUUUUUUCUGUUUAUGGUCAGUUAGGUGUAUCGACAUCCUCGCGGUGUUUGUGUUCUUCACCUCGCCCCAUAGUGCAACAUGUGAAGAGAUUUACAUCUGCGUAUCUGUCUUUUGCCGUCUAGAAGGGUAAACUAACGCAACUACCUGGGGGGGAAAAAAGAGUUUUUGAUGGGUGCAAGUGGCUGAGGACUUCCUUCACGAUUGCAACUGUGUCUACCGCAGGUCAGACAUUUGUGGCAAAUCCCAGCCCUCUCAGCCAUAAAUUCAGCUCUUCCUUUUUUUCCCAAACAUGAUGUCAAGGCAUUCCAUUCCAUUUAGUUUAUUUUUUUUUCUUUUUUGGGGGGGGAGCUUUAGAUGUCUGCUAAUACUAAAUACUGAUUAUGACACACUCAACAAGAGAAGAAUCAGAUUUUUAACACUGGGAUGGGCUCCCAUUUUAAGCUGAAGUUUCCUCUUGUUGAACCAAUGUAGAUGUUUUAUUUUCAGAAAUUUUAUUGCAUUGUCAAAAGAAAGGGAUUAUUAUUUUAAACAUGUCGAUGUCAAAAUUCCAGUAAACUGAAAGGGUUGAUUUUGAGGAGGGUCUAAUUCCGUCUGCUUUGAGGAACAAAAGUCUAAAUGUACUGAUUUUCCAUAUUUUUAUUCAAUGUAAUUCCAUAAGUGCAAAGCCCGAUACAACAGAGCUUUCCCUAUGUGUCCCCAAUCGUAAUCAUGGCUUCGAUGUUGGAAACUGGUUGUCACGGUAACUGUGAUGCUAUUAAGCAAAGGUUGACGUCGCUGACAUACGUGGACAACAACUGGAUGUGUUGUUUGCUCAGUUACUGUAAAUAUUGCUGACACAGAAUGUGAGCGCUUUAAUUAUAUUCAAUUAAUGCUGAUUUUAAAGCAUCAAUAUGUAAAUACGCCAACAUUUUUAUCCUGAAUUCUCGUGUAGACAAAGCUGACACACUCGUUGACAAAUUCCAGAAUGUCAGACAAAAGUGAGAACAUAUGCAGAAUACACGCUUGAAAACGAAAAUGAAAGAAAUAAGGUAAUUGUCAGCAUAUGAAAUACAAAACUUUAAUUUUAAGACGUUACUAAUGUACUCCCCACCUGUGCUCAUAUGACGGCUGUAAUGGAAGCAAUGGAGACGAUUCCAGUUUGUUGCCCUGGUGAAGGGGACGAAUUGCUGGAGCAUUACAGAAUCUUGAGUUGCAUUAGAAGCAGAAAGACGAUUAUUAUUUGUUGCCACGUUAGAUCGGGACGAACAUUUUUGAAUGUAACGCUGGAUGCUGUUGAGGGGAACUGUCCGCUCUGUCCGCUUGUUUAAUGAUGCUGACUUUUAUUACACUGUAACACAGGAGGGUGCCACUGAAACGCCACACUGUCAACUCCGCCCAGUCUAGUUUUUGUAGUUUUACCUGCUCGAGUAUUUUUUACAUAUCAGGGCCAAGAAAAUACGUCAGUGCCAAAUGUGAGAAUGAUUCUCGGGGGGGCUUUGUAUGUUCAUUGUAAAUGGUCCAUCUUAUGUUUUUAGACCGAUGCUGACAUUGAGGGGGGAAACAGUGAACAGUAAGACUUGAGAAAAGUAUUACAACAUCUGGACUUUGAGUCACUUUUUUUUUGUCAUACUUCAGUUUUUUUGUUUAUUUUUUUGAAUAGAAAGACUACAUGGAAUGAGCUGAGUCCAUUUUCACAUAUCAGGGUAAAUUAGGUUUAUGUGAUUAUGUUAAGAUCCAGUGCAAGUUUUCUCUGUACAUGCAGCCUGGCGAAAUUUGCCUUAUAAGGGUUUUACUUAUUGUAAUGUUUGUGUUUUUAAAUUGAGAUGAAAUAAACUUGACUGACUGAACACA